ACUGACUGUAGUCAUGAUCGGACAGCGGUGUUGGUGUCGCCACCGUCGCUGCUCAUACAGUUCUCUUGUGCCUUGCAGGUCCUGACUGCAGACGAUAUGCGGUGUACACGCUGGUAUCUACCGCUUGUGCUAUUACCAUUCCCUGUCGCGCCACCAUAUUUCCUCUGGCUCUUCAUCUUCUCUUUAACCCUCCAUGCACGACCAUGCUUCUACUGCAUCGUGCUGCUCUCCGCGCUCUUCAUGUCCUCAUGCUACUGGCCGCCCGUUCCGCUCGAGAGCAAGCUAGCCGUCCCCUGGUCAAGUAACACAGCUACCUACGCGGAGGUGCUCGCCACGCUCAUCCCGGAUCUCCCGGAAGACCUGAAGCCAGUGGACGUGCCCAUGCUCGAUCGCUGCUGGUGUGACUUCUCCAACAAUGGCUUCUUCGACUACUUCAACGUUACGGACUGGGAGAGGCAGAGUAUCCUUCGAUUGAAGGAUAGGCUGGAGGCUCAGAUUAGGGCGAGGGAGGCGGAGAAGCCGGCGGAGCCGGAGCCAGAGCCGGUGGAGGAGCCUACAGAGGCAGACGAGUCCCCCAGCGAAGAGACACCAAGCAACUCGACCGAGACGACCGACGACAACUCACGAUCCAAGCUCUCUGGGCUCUGGAACAAAGUACCCUCCUGGCCUUUCUCUCGCAAACCAUCGCCCACGUCGACGAGCGAGCCAACCCCCGGGGAGACCAUCUUUAUCAGAGCGACGCCGACGCAGAGAUGGCCCUGGUCUAGGGUUGACGACUACACGCCACGCGUGCGGAGAAUAAUCCCUGACAUCCCGAAGCGCAUGCCACCAUUCAAUCCUGAGCCUAUGCAACCCCGCCGCCGCCGGAAGGAAUUCGACUUGCGCCCGUACGGCCUCUCCCUGAUCCUCGAUUUCAGCUGGGAGAAGAGCGAUACAUGAUGCUCAACUCAGGGACUUCCUUGUCGGCUGGGCGUCGGGGCAUCGACCUGUGCGUGUGCAUUGUAGGAAUAAUAGGCACGAAAAGUAUUGUAUCUGUAUAAUGCAUGCUGCAGACGGUGGGGUUGGUCGGAUGA